CACAGCAUUUGAAAUUCGUAGUGAACGCUCAAGGUCGUUGAAACGGAACAGUGUGCAGCUUCUCCUGAACUUUUCCCCAGAAGGCGGUGUAAGUUUUAACUGUCGUUUCACAAAUAUUGUGCAUAUAUUUUGUUUAUCCAAUCGACGGUGUAACUAUAAUUCUUGGACGACCUUUGAGCGACGUUGAAGUGACCCUGAGGGUGGACACCUACUGAUUAGGACUAAAUAAGGGUCCAAAUGGUUCAAAUGGUUGUGGACGGAAUAGAAGAUACUUUCGCCUAACAGGUUUCAGUGUCUAGUAGCAGGGGAUCACCAAAUCCUCCAGGCAGGAACCUAGACUGUCACCUGGAUUCAGUAAGCUACCUAUGGAGGAAUUGGAAAGUUGGAAAAGAACUCAUGAAACUCCAACUGAAUGGCGCAUAAGGCGAUCGUUUUUGGAAAAAAAUUUUAAUAAAUUACACCCUGAACGCUUGGAGUGUCUUUCACAUUGUUUCACUAAUGCUACAUUGUACAAAGUCAAAUAUCCAGAAAAAGUAAUGGAAGAGAUCAACCUUCUUGGGGAAGGAAUUGAAGAAGCCAAUACUUGUGAACAUAGUAAAAAUUUCAGUUGACGAUAAACCGGAGUUAAAUAUAUCAACAUUUUUGUAAUUUGUUAUGAUCCGAAUUUCAAGCGGACAUGUUUUUCUACUAUUCUAACUGGAUAGUUGAAGUAAUGUGUAUCGUCAAUAUAUAUUUAAACACGUA